GUCCGUAACGUUCGUUGCUCCCAGCAGCAAGAGCAGCCAACCAGCAGCAGAGUCCAGAUAGCAAUUUUAAAACGCGACAUCAAUCUUCAUUUGUGAAGACAAAUUCAGAGUACAUACCGGACUCCAUUCAACACAAGUCAAAGCUUCCUCAUUAGACCCCCUCACGCGGAAGAGUAUGACUCUAGUUCUGCCGGACGGUUACCAGUAUGUGGCUGGCUCGAUGUUAUCGGCUGCCUGGGUCAUCCUGUGGCAGAUCUUACGUGUCUACCCUGCUAGGGAUGCAGCUGGUAUUCCAUAUCCUCAACUGUAUGCGGAGAACGCUCAACUAAAAGAUAAUCCAGCUGCCCUUCGGUAUAACUGCGUCCAGCGUUGCCAUCAGAACACUCUCGAAAGCAUGCCGUUGAUCCUUAUUUCCACUCUCAUAACUGGACUGAAGUAUCCUUACAUAGCUGCCGCUGCGAGUUUCUUCUGGGUGCUCACUCGUGUCGCUUACACCAUUGGGUACUCCUCAGGUGUGCCACAAAAGCGUGCGGCAGGUGCUGUUAGUGGUUCUCUUACUUUGAUUGGCUUAUUGGCAGCUGCUACUGUCACCACCGUGCAAGUCUGUUUUUUCUAGGGGGUGUUGUGCCAGAUGAAACACCAUAGGAGAUAAAACCGCAAAUACAUAGCAUGUCAUCCUUGCAUAUUCGCUGAAUCCAAAUUGGCUAAAGGGGCA